GCGAGAUCCGAACGUCUGCGGCAGCGGUUCCGUCGUUCCCUGAGUCCGCGCCGGUGUCCUGCGGGCUUACUCUCCUCAGCGACCAUGAGGCGGACGGGCCCCGAAGAGGAUGCCUGUGGCGUCUGGCUGGACGCGGCGGCGUUGAAGAGGCGGAAAGUGCAGACACAUUUAAUCAAACCAGCCACCAAAAUGUUAACACUCCUUCCUGGAGAAAGACAGACUAAGGUUUCUUUUAAUCAAAGAAGAGCUCCAUCUACAGGCAUUCACCAGAGAAGCAUUGCUUCCUUCUUCACCUUGCAGCCAGGAAAGACAAAUGGUAGUGACCAGAAGAAUGUUUCACCUCAUAUAGAAAGUCAAAUUAAAGAGUCCAAGAAAAAUGCUACCCAGCUAGACUAUCUGAUCCCAGGCUUUGCACAUGAUUGCAUGGCAUCCCCUUUAGCCACUUCAACCACUGCAGACAUCCAGGAAGCUGGACUUUCUCUUCAGUCCCUCCAGACUUCUGGCCACCACAGAAUGAAAACCCCAUUUUUGACUGAGCUAUCUUUGCUCCAGCCUGAUACUCUAGACUGUGCUGGAGAGAGUAAUACCCCACUGGCUUUAUCCUUCACCGAGGACUUGGAAAGUUCUUGUUUGCUGGACCAAAAGGAAGAAAAAGGGGAUUCUGCCACGAAAAGGGAAUGGCUUCAUGGAUCUAAGAAAAACUAUCAGGGUAUGGAGAAACAUGCCAAACUAUCUGAGGACAAAUGCUGUCAGCCCUUAAACAAGACUAAACUGGAAAGAAAGGUAUCUGCCAAUGAAAACAGGCAGGCCCCUGUCCUUCUUCAAACCUACAGGGAAUCCUGGAAUGGAGAAAACAUAGAAUUAGUGAAACAAAGCCCUUGUCCUAUUUCUGUGUUUUCCUGGGAUAAUGAAAAGAAUGACAAGGACUCCUGGAGUCAACUUUUCACUGAAGAUUCUCAAGGCCAGCAGGUCAUUGCCCACAACACUAGAGCUCCUUUUCAAGAUGUAACCAAUAACUGGAAUCGGGACUUAGGGCCGUUUCCUAACAGUCCUUGGGCUCAGUGCCAGGAGGAUGGGCCAACUCAAAAUCUGAAGCCUGAUUUGCUCUUUACCCAGGACUCUGAAGUCCAAGCUCUAGCUUGUCAGCAAGAUUGUAGAAGAUUUCUCCUUGAGAGGCAGAAACAUCUGCAGUGAGGAAGGCAGCUAUUGAAGGUAUUCCAGGAGCAUGAGACUGAGUUUGCAGAGCUGAGGGUUAUCAGUUUCCUUUUCUACUGAUAUCUUCUUCCUUUAGAGCAAACUUCCUCCUUAGGACCUCAGAGAUAAGCACAGCAGGGUCUUCCUCCUUCAAUAAACUCCGGUUCCUAAAGGCACAAUAACAGCUUGAGUACUUUUUCCUGGGUAGUGCUGUAUAUCUUUGAAUAUAUUAUCUCAUUGAAUCCUCAACAAUCUUAUGCUGUAGGUACUACUACAAUUCCCUUUCACAGAUACAGAAAUUGAAGCAUAGGAAGGUUAUACAAGUUGCCCAAGGUCCCUAGUCACUCAGCAAGUAAGUAGUGAAUCCAGAGUUCAAAACCAAACUAGCUGGUUUCAGAUCUCAUCUCUUAACUGGAAUGCUUUACUAGUUCCUGAAAUAGCUAUAAGGUGUAGGCAAAGGACCAUCAAUCUGGAAGAGUUGGCUUCUGGUGGCUAAUCUUCUGCUUCUGCCUUCUGGCCCUAUGUUUUCACAGUAGCGUUUCCCCAGAGGGUGAGCAGGGGAAGUGACUGAUGACUCUUGGCUAUUCUGACCCUUAACAGUUCUGGGGAAAAGGUAUGUUUGGGAUUUCCUACUACCCUGUCUCCCUUUCAGGGGAGAUGAUAUUUUUAUAAGAGCCAGAAUUAGAGCAAAACAUUCACUUAAGAAACUCAUGGGAACAAAACCAACUCCAGACUGA